AUACAACAGCCAAAACCCCAAUCCGGUGUGACUUAAUCGCUGUGCAAGGCAACAUACGUCUAGAUGUAUACAAAACUAUGAAUAGCAACUAGCAUAACAUCAAGCCUUGCAACAUGACGCGUAUCCUUGAACUCCCGCCUUCAAUCCUGAGCUGCCACGUCUUGAACGACCUCGCCGCUGAAGAUCGCAAGUCUUUCCGAAAUGCUUGCACGUAUGCAAGGCUGACUGUCAACGCGGACGUGCAGUUGGUGCGCUUGUCCGGCAACCAUAUCUAUACGGGCGGGCAACGCCUUAGCCUGCAGCGCUUGGCCGCUGAUUUUAAGCAUCUAGAGUGCAUCGUCCUGGUGGACUCGCCGCGGGAAAACAUAUGCGGCCCUAUCCUCGACCGCUUUUUAGCCCUAACCAACGGCCAGGAUGGAAUCGUGGAGCCUGGUGUCCAAAUCCAGUCGCUGGACGUCAAGCAAUGCAACUUCAUUUCAGCUUCAGAACUCAAGCGUCUUUUAACUGCAUGCCCGCGGCUGGAGCGGCUGCGAACGCCUCGAUGGCUAGACCGCGGCCAUCUGGGCACAAUUCAGCCGCUCGGGAAUCAGCUUGUGGAGCUGGACUUGGGCGAUUCCACGACGGAUGUGCUCUCUCUCACAGACAACAUGCUUGCGAACCUACCCGCGCUUCCGUCCCUUCGAGCUUUAAACCUCAAACGUUGCAUCGCGGUCACCGAUGCGGGCGUCGCGCACCUAAGCGCGGCCCGCCUGCCCAGCCUAACUUCUCUAGACCUAUCUCAAACCCGUGUCAACGGCACUUCUGGCUUUGCUGGCCUUCAGCUCGGCACCCUGUCGGUUCAGGGAUGUCGCGCAUUCGCGGAGCAUGGACUCGCAGCUGUGUGCAGCCAGCAGGCCGGCUCGCUGCGAAGCCUGCAGCUCUGCGGUACCGCCGUACAACCGUACGGCAGAAGCCUCUGGCACGUGGCCCAGGCCACGCGACUGGAGUAUCUGGACUUGGGUCAAGUUUGGGAGGUGGACGACACAGGGCUGGCUGCGCUGUCGUGCUGCCCUCUGGUAGAGCUGCGCCUAGGCAACUUCAACCUGCGACACAGCCGCACUCCCCCCGCCUCCCCCUCCCGCGCACACCUGCAACACGCCUCCGCCGCCUCUGCCACCUCCGCCUCCUCCUUCUCACCAACCAGCAGCUUUACCAGCAGCAGCAGCGGUGGCGGCGGCGGCUGUAUCACCUUUCCCAGCUUGACGCGACUGUCUCUGGGCGGCAUGUUUGCGCAGGUGGGUCUGCACCUGCUGCUGCCGCGCGGCCUGCCCCGGCUGGCCCGCCUGGAACUGUGCGGGCUGAGUACGGCACGGGACGAGGUGCUGCGGCUGCUGCUGGGGGGCGGCCGGGGCGGGGGCGGCAGGCGGAGCGACAGCAGGAGGAGCAGCGGGGGGAGCGACAGCAGCAGCGGUGGCGGGGCGGGCAGCGGAGGCGGCGGCAGGGGGUGCGUGGCGGAGUCACUUCAGGAGCUCCGCCUGGUCUCCGGCGGCCCUGAACUCACCUCCGCCUACAUCCUCUCUCUGGCCGCCCUGCCCGCCCUGCACCGCCUCACGCUGGUAGCCUGUCCCAGCGCCGCCACGCAGCACACGGUACGGCAGCUGAGGGAGGCGGUAUGGCAGGCGGGCGGAAGGCUGCAAGUGGAGGUGUCGCCGGGGAAGCAGGCGGCGGCGGCGGUGGCGGGGACGGUGGCGGCUUAACGGUAACGGCGGCGGGUGCUGCUGAGGUUGCUGUUGCUGAGACUAUUGCUGAAGGGAUUGAGCUGUAUCACUACGAGGGUUGUACGAUUACGCCAUCCUGCAUGAUUUUUUUUAUUGUUGUUGUUGUUGUUUAUUUUCGCCUUGCCUUUCCUACGCUGUGUUGUAUGUAAGAGUCAUCUGUAUAUUAGUUUUGUUCGGUACGGCAUAAAUGUGGCGCACAUCUGUAGGGUGCUGCUCUAUUGGAGAGAUGUGGGUUUGGCCAAAGAGAGGAGAGAUUGGGUGAUGUAAACAGUUGUACAGUACAGCAUAUGGGAGGGGUGAGGUUACGGUGCACAUGGAGGAGGAGGGGCUAGGAGUUGGGUGUCUGCGAGAGGGUUUACGAGGGGCAUGGUUGCAAAUUUCAUUGUCGUAACUUCGUCGUUGUUGUACGAGUAUGAAUAGGUUUGGAGUGUGGUCAAGGUGUUGGUUACGUGAGGUAUUACCACAUGAGGAUAAGGGGAGCUAGGCGCACCAGCCAUUUGGUGCUGCCGAAGGAGAUGAAGGAGAUGAAGGAGUCAGCGAAUGAAGAAUGUGUGUGUCAAGCGUCUUUGCUUUGGAAGUAAAGAGCCGGUGGGUACGAUUGGGUGAUGGUGUAUGCUUUACGAUUGGGG